UCACUUAGCUGAACCAAGCCUCAAUCACCGAUAAACCCUUUUUCUCCCGCACGCUCAAAGACCUUAGCUUGACCCAGUUCUCUCUCCGACCUCGGUUAUGUCCACCGCCGAAGCCACCGAGAACGGUGCCACCACGGCGCCAGAGCCCCAGCCACCUGUGGUCGCAUCGGACAAUGCCUCCACCGCCGUCUUAGCCACCGCUGACACCACCAACACCAAGGCUGCUACUGAUGUGAACGCCACCCAGGGUAACCCAUCGAAUGAGGAACCCGAGUCCGAGCUUCCUAAGGCAGAUGAAGCUUCCGCCGAUCAGCCCUCUGCUACAACCACCAACACCGCCACUCCACCUGAGAAGAGGUGGCCGGGUUGGCCUGGGGAUUGCGUGUUCCGGCUCAUUGUGCCGGUCCUCAAGGUAGGUAGUAUUAUCGGCCGGAAGGGAGAGCUCAUUAAAAGGAUGUGCGAGGAGACUCGAGCGCGCAUUCGCGUUCUCGAUGGUGCCGUUGGCACUCCGGAUCGAAUUGUACUCAUAUCAGGGAAGGAAGAGCCAGAGGCACCUCUUUCCCCUGCAAUGGAUGCUGCAAUAAGGGUAUUUAAGCGUGUCUAUGGAUUAUCUGAAGGUGAUGGUGAGAGUAAAGCAUCAGCACCUGCUGCUGUUGCAUACGUUUCUGUUCGUCUGUUGGUGGCAUCAACACAGGCUAUCAAUUUGAUUGGAAAGCAAGGUUCAUUAAUUAAAUCUAUACAGGAGAGUACUGGUGCUUCUGCUCGUGUAUUGUCUGGAGAUGAGGUGCCAUUUUAUGCUGCUGCGGAUGAGAGGAUUGUAGAGUUGCAGGGAGAAGCCUUGAAGGUCCUUAAGGCUCUGGAAGCAGUAGUUGGCCACCUACGAAAGUUCUUGGUUGAUCAUAGUGUUCUUCCCCUUUUUGAGAAAAAAACUUACAAUGCAACAACCUCACAAGACCGCCAAGCAGAUGCCUGGGCUGACAAGACGUCUCUGCAUAGUGCUUCACAAACUAGCAUUAGUGCAGAUGUUCCUCUUUCAAGCAAAAGGGAUUCUCUCUUUGUUGAACGUGAAAUUCAUUUGGAUUCACAACUCCCAUCCUCUGCAAUGUCACUCUAUGGGCAAGAUUCUUCACUUUCUGGUGUUCGUUCUUCAACACUUGGUCGUGCCGGGGCUCCCAUUGUUACCAAUGUGAUACAAACAAUGCAAAUACCACUAUCCUAUGCUGAAGACAUCAUUGGGAUUCAAGGGACUAAUAUUGCUUACAUUCGCCGUACUAGUGGAGCCAUACUGACUGUGCAAGAGAGCAGGGUGCCUGAUGAAAUUAUUGUUGAAAUUAAAGGCACCACAACACAAGUUCAGUUGGCACAGCAGUUGAUUCAGGAAGUGAUAAGCAAUCACAAAGAACCAGCCUCUAGCAGUUACGGUAGGUUAGAUAGUGGUGGUCUGAGGUCUUCAUAUGCUCAGUUGGGCGGCGGUACAUCCUACUCAUCUUCUUCAGCGUCCGCACAGCCCUACACAGGUUAUGGCUCUUCUGGUUUAGGAGGCUAUAGUACUUUUAGACUCUGAAGUUAAUCUCCCUAAGCUCAUGAGUGCUCUGUUUUUGGGCUUAGUUUCUUCCUAAUUGGAUCUGAUUGAGGAAAGUUAAUGCUGUACUAUUUCUCAUAGACAAUGUAACGAGAUAACAAAAAGCCUUUUUCCCAAUUAUGCCUGCCUGUUUUAUUGUGUAUAAUUUCGUAUUGAUUUAGAAGCCUGAUGGUGGCAUCCACAGCUAUAGGGAGAUCAAGUUAUAAUUUUUAUGAUUAUGAUAUUUAGGUUUGCUAUUCCACGUUGA